UGAUUUCAGCUGUUCAUGUAACUAUAUUCAGGCAACCAACCUAUUUUGAUAUUUCUAGAAGUACGUACAAUAUAUCGCAUUGAAUUAAAGUUCAAAUAUCACAGUAUCAAGUGCAUUUGAAGCAAAUAGUAUAAGGAAAAAACUCUUGUGGACAUAAAAAAUGUCGAAUAUAAAUACAUCGCAUUAUAUGCCGUCACAAUCGCAUGAUGAUUUUCAUGACGACCAAAAAUGUGCGUCGAUCACCGAUGAAAACUUUGACUCAGGACUUGGUUCGAUUACUCUUUCAGAAAUUGAGAAUUUGAAGAUUAUCGACGAGAAACUCGGCGAAACGAACACAAUGUGUCAAGGUCAACAACAAAUCACAACAGAAGAAAAGAAACAGACAACUGAAGAAUUUGAACCGGAACGGCUAGAGUCCAUAGGGUACAGAAGCAUGCAGCCGGAAGAUGAGUUGUACGCUCGAUACAUUCCUGAUGGCGGACUAUCGGCACUGCACACAGCGAUCCUCGAGAAGAAUAUAAAAGAAAUCGUCAAUUUAAUCCAAGAAUGUCCUGAUCCCAAAUGCUUGAAUUAUUUCACAACGGAAGUUCAUACCUCCCUUCAUCUAGCAGUCUACGCAAACCUACCUGAAGUUGUCAGAUUCCUCAUUGUUUAUGGAGCAGAUUUCAACUCAAAAGAUAAAAGAGGGAACACACCUCUCCAUACAGCAUGCGAGCAUGGUCGGUUAUCCUGUGUUAGAAUGAUUCUCUCCCCUCUCGAUGGAAAGGAAUCCAUCGGACUUCAGGAAUCCAACUUGCCUCAGAAUAUCAAUGACAAGAAUUAUGAAGGUUUAACUCCGCUUCAUCUAGCUACAAUAAACAAUCAAGUGGAGGUUGUGAACUUCCUGGUUCGCCAACCCAUUAUCAACUUGAACAUUGGUGAUUCAACGUACGGACGGACAGCCCUACAUCACGCGCUUGAACGCAGACAUUCAGAGUGUUUCUACAUUUUGUUGAAAAUGUCAGCGAAUGUGAAUGCAACAACUUAUGAUGGUUGCUCUCCACUCCACCUAGCGGUAGGAUACGAACUUGAACAAGAGACCAGAUAUCUGAUGACGCGUGGUGCCAGCGUAACUAUAGAAACAGCUGAUGAAACAAGACCAUGGGAUCUCGCUCGUACACAAAAAAUUAAAGAUGCGUUAAACUGUUCCAUGAUGAUGCAGCUGAGAAACUUGCCAGUAAAACAACGAUAAUGUCUGUACAGAGUAGACUGAAUGCCGAGCCAGUGGCUGCAAUGUUGGCUUUAGCCUUGCAAUAUUGCGUAUGACCAAUAAGACGAUAGACGUGAGAAACGCUCUCUUCCCUGUACAAUAACACAAUGAAAUGUAAAAAUUUAAUCAAAUAAUUGGUCCGGCACCAAGCGUCAUUUCAUUCCCUGCUAUAUUGCAGUGUCUUCAUUGGUUUAAAAUUCAAUGCCAGCGGGAUGCAGGCACUGCAGGGGUUGUGACAUUGCAAUAAGUUCAACUGACUAAUACCAUACCCAACCUGGGGUCACUAAUUGUUGUAUUUAUCGUUUUUUUAUUAUUAUUUUUAUGGUGCACCCUAUGUAUAUUAUAACGUUAUUGUUUCUGCUAUUUCACAGAGUAUUCCACAAUCAGAUCCAUUUGUUUUUUACUGAUAUUUGGCUGGAAUUUGUUUCAAUCUAUUAUGGAGACUGGUUUUGGCUUCUGUUUCAUUCUGCUAUGUGUAGGUCAAGGCUGGCUGAUUUUUUAAUUUGAAUUGAACCAUUGAGCCAUAUCUGCCGUAAGAACCGCUUGUUUGUGAUAUUUGGAUGAAACAUAAAUGAUUGAAAUUUGGAAUAUUAAACGAGAUUUGAUUGAAGUCAAAAGCAUUUAAAUUUGAAUCACGAAUAAUUGCUGUUUGCCAGCUCAAGUUUCUGUGUCAUUCAUAGUUUCUACAUGUAUAAAUUAUACAUCUCGCAUGUCUGAUUGCAUCUGCUAAUUAGUAGUUGAUAACCCAAAAGGUUCGUGAUUUUUUACCCUUAGGACAUGAGAUUCUAAUGAUUGAGAAUUAACCCGUUUGUAACUCUCUGACAGACUUGUAAAAGUGAGAAUACUAUGUUCAUAUCAAGUAUGGGCCACAUAAUUCUUCCUGUACCACAGAUAAAGUAUCUUUCACCCUAAACAAUACUCUGAUCAAGCAGCCACAUAAUCCUGGGGAGCUACUGGGUCUUGGCUUCCUAAGCAAUCUCUCCAUCCGGGAGAUCAGCAAUCCAACAUAUUAACAUUUAUCUUCUGCUUUCUUCUUGUUUUCUUUCAAAAACUGCUGUAAAUAAAUAAAGUGAUAAAGUCUAUCAAUCUGA